UAUUAUUAUUAACAUGGCGACUGGAUAACGUAAACACUUCAAGCUAAAAAUAUAGUGAUAGAAUGCACAGGUACAUAGUAUUUGUAAAUAUAAGGUGUUGUUAUUAAAUGAGACAUUACCCAGACUACACGGGUCAGCGAACAAUACUCUGCAUUAGCCGCAAACAGAUCUAUAUCAAACAGCAAGCAUCAUGUCGGCCCGUCCCCGAGUCCUGAUCUCCCGAUCAGCCCCUCCCGCGGGCAUAGACCCCAUAAAGGCUGUGUGUGACGUAUGGAUAUGGCCGGAGGAAGAUCCCAUCCCGGCGGAAGAGUUUCAGAAGCGGGCAGCGGGAGUAACCGCCAUCUUCUGUCAUCCACCUGACAAAAUUGACAAGGACUUGCUUGACGCUGCAGGCCCAGGUCUGAAAGUGGUUGGAACUAUGUCCGUGGGACUUGACCACAUUGAUCUUGCCGAGUGUCGACGUCGUGGCAUCAAGGUCGGUAACACCCCUGACGUACUGACCGAGGCUGUAGCUGAGCUGACCAUAGCUCUUCUCCUGUCAGCAGCACGCAGGCUUAAAGAAGGAUACCACUAUGUGACGACUGGAGAGAAAUACUGGGAGCACGCCUUGUUUCUCUGUGGACACGAAAUUAGCAGAUCCACCAUAGGCAUUGUGGGAUUGGGACGUAUCGGUAUGGCGGUUGCUAGGCGACUCAAAUCCUUUAAUGUUGCCAAGUUUCUGUAUACCGGGAACAGCCAGAAAUCCUACGCAGAAGAAGUGAAUGCGGAAUUUGUUACGUUUGACAAACUUCUGGAAUCCUCUGAUUUUGUUAUUGCAUGUUGUUCAAUCCAUGCAGAAAACAAAGGCCUUUUCGACAAAGCUGCAUUUAAAAAGAUGAAAAAGUCGGCCAUUUUUGUCAAUGUUUCGCGAGGCGUACUUGUCAAUCAGGAUGAUUUAGUUGAAGCCUUGACUAGCGGUGAUAUAUAUGGCGCCGCGCUUGACGUCUCCACACCGGAACCACUUCCCCUAGAUAACCCUCUACACUCUCUAAAGAACUGCCUGAUGACGCCCCACAUUGGCAGUGCGACCAUAAAUGCCAGAAGCGGAAUGGCGAAUCUUACAGCCAGGAACAUAUUAGCCGGAAUUAAUGGCGAAGAUCUUCCGUCGCCAGUCCUUUAAUUUACAUUUUGGUAAUGUUAAAACAUUACCCCUGGUAAUUUGCUGAAAUUAAUUCAUGACCUCAGGGUAACUAAAUUACUGCAUGCUGGAAACACAUUAUAUUUGUUAUAUCUUUCUAACAAUGUUAGAAUAUUUCCCUAUAUAUUAUUCAAUUAUGGAUUGCAGGUCUUUUCAGGGAGUAAGAGCAUUUCAAAAGUAGUGACAAGGAACAUUGUAUCAACAUGGAUAUAUUUGGUCGUUCAUCCACAUCUCGCUUUCCGUUCAUCAUAUGCCUGGAUCAUAUCCUCACCGUGCACAUAAUAUCUAUUUCUGUUUUUAUAUCUCUCUUUGUUGUUCGUAAGAGGGCAAACAUCUAAUAAUGAUUUGAAUUGCAAAUAAAAGCGAUAUAUCGUAUCGACGGUGUUAAAAUCAA